UAGGGGCACGAGCAUCAACCUAACCCGAUUUUAAACCCGGCAGUAAAACCCCUAUGGACUAUUUAAUCUAAUCUAAUCUGGAAUUGACGCUCUUCGCCUUGAAGGCACCGCGCCUGCAGCUCAAUGACACCUCCAAACCCGCUCAAGUCGACGUUAACCACGUUUUAAUUUAUUUUUUCUUGAUUGUAGUAAUUGCAUGGACUAAAAAUACCCAUAUUACAGAGAAUUAUAGUUCAGCCGAGCGUCAAAACAAACAAGGAGAAGAUUUCACGAGGGGGCAAAAAAGCGACAAUGAAGCUCGUUUGCCAUGUCUAAGGCGGCGGUGAAGAAGCUGCACUGGCGCUCCAAGGUGCAGGACAGCUUCGUCCCCUUGCUCGGCUCGGCGGGGGAGCUGGGGAUCUCAAUAGGUGGCGGAGCAGAUUAUGGAGAGUUUCCUUUUGUCACGUCGGCGCCGGGGGGCGUCCUCACAGUGGGCGACAUCAUCCUGGAGAUCGGGGGAACACCAGUGCUAGGGAUGACAUUAGGAGAUGUCCGUGGCGUGCUCAACUCCUGCCCCCAUCCUAUCCGAAUCAAAACUGUGUCACCAGGCUCCACAUUGUGCAAGGAUCUCAGGUUGUAUCUGAGUAAGUGCUUCACACCCGGCUCGGUGGACAGCCAGCUUCAGCAGGUCAUCAGAGAGAACCUCUACCUCCGUGCUGUACCCUGUACGACCAGACAGCCCAGAGAGGGGGAAAUCUCAGGAGUGGACUACAACUUUGUCUCCAUAGAGGAGUUUUUCUCCUUGGAGGAAUCGGGAGCGCUGCUUGAGAGUGGAAAGUUCAAAGGGAACUACUACGGCACGCCCCGGCCCGUCCACAUCAGCGCAGAGAGCCCCCCCAUCACCUACCAGGAGCACCGCAACCUGCUCAGAAACUUCCGCACACGCAGCAAAUCGCUCAGCAACCUGGAGAAGGCUGCAGAGGAGGGCGUCAACAGCGAGGACGACUCAGGAGGCUCUGCAGGUGUCAGCAGCAGCGUCCCUCGUUCCCACCGGUCUCCCGGCCGACCGCGGGCGUCCAGCAGCGGAGGUGAUGGCCGCGUGACGCAGAACGGGAUCAUCGGCAGCCGGAGCGGCGCCAGAGUGAGAGGAGUGAUGCCCGACUACUGGGAGCAGGCCUUCAGCGACCCGGGAGAAACGCUGCACAUCGAGCGCAGCCCAAAGAGGACCAGCUGGCAGAGUCCUCGAGCCUCAAGCAGGGAGACCGUCUACAAAAAUGAAUGGUUUACGGACCACCCUGACGAGCUCAGGGGUUUCCCUGUGCACACGCAUUUGACAAAGGGCUCCAGAGGGUUUGGGUUCAAUAUCGUCGGGGGGAGCAGACCCAGAGAGUUUCUUCAGGUGUACAGUGUGACUUCAAGUGGACCUUCGGCACUCAAAACAGCGGACAUCCUGGUGUACAUCAACGACGUCUGCGUGUUGGGAGUGUCUCACAAAGAGGUGGUGGAGAUGCUGAAGUCCGUGCCUGUGGGCCACAGUGUGGAUGUGGAGGUCAGACGAGGGUACCCCAUGCUCUACAACCCCGACGGCUGUCCCAAGCAGCCGCCGCCGAGGCUGCUGGACAACGGCGACCUCAUCCUGCCGCCCACCACCUCCCAGCCUCAACCCCUCCACCAGCUGCCUCGCCUCCCGACGCCCACGCCCCAGAGCCAGCACUUUAACUUCAACGGGAUCCACGGGGACGGCAGCUACAUGGAGCCCGGCGUCGCUCUGGACGCCAACGGGAACGCCAUGUCCUUCGUGUCCAGGUCGGCGCCGUCCUACAGACGCUCCAGCAUGAGCAACGCCAUGUCGUCGCCCCCCGUCCGCCCGCCCCGUUCCCUGAGGAGCAUCGCCAGGCUGCAGUCGCUGGACCAGACGCUGGCCAGCCAGAGCGACAGCGAGGUCGUCUCUGCAAUCGGUUCGCACAGGGCGUCAAUGAUCCGUAAUCACAACAACAACUCCCUCUCCACGCCGCCUCAUCCGCUGCGCUACGGGACGUCCAAGUCGUCCGAAAGCGACCUGUCCACCUGCACCAUGUCGGGGUCGCGCCUGCCCCUCCCCCAGUCCCCACGCCGGCCCUCGUCGUCGCCCGGCGGGCCCCGCAGCGCUCACUCCCGCCUCUUCAGACCGCAGACCUCCCACCUCAGGCCCCCCCCCACGCCCGAGAGCCCCCGCCACCGGGGCUUCAACGGUCUCCAUGGCAACACCAGCCCCACCGCCAGCCCCAGCAGCAUGUCGUCUCCCGGGGCGAUGAGCGUGGGCAGCGGCGCCGGGGGGCUCAGCGGAGGGGAGCUGGUGCCGGUGGCCCUGGCGCAGACGGACGCAGACCGGGGGCUGGGCUUCAGCGUGACGGCCGGCGGGCCCGGAGGAAGGAUGACGGUGGUGAAGAGAGUCUGGGACCGGAGGCAGUGCAACUCCCUGCAGCCAGGGGACGCUAUUGUCAAAAUCAAUGGAGCUGACAUCCAGAGUCUCGGCUUUGCACAGGUACAAACGAUUCUGCAGGAACACACCCGGCAGGGAGAAGUCAUCUUACUGGUUUACAGAGGAGGCAUCUAUCAUUCAAGCUUCUCCCCCGGCUCCAUUCGGAGACUCCCCCCACCUCUCCUCCGCCCGCCCCCUCCACCCGUCGGCUCGGACAACUUCUCCGACCUGCCGGAAGCGCUGCCCAUGCCCCGGACCUCGUACAGCACGCCGCCCUCCCCGGCCGCCACGCGCUCCUCGCUCAUCCAGAGCACCAGCUUCUUGGAGUCGAUUCCCGUCACCCUCACCAUGGAGCCCAGGGACUGGAUCGACACGGGUCUGGAGGACGACGCCGGGGAGAUCCCGCUCAACGACGCGGGCCUGCAGAAGCAGAGCGGGGACCGAGGUCGCCCGUUUCGAGGAUUUGAAGUGGAGCUGAGGAGAAAGCCGGGAGAGGGCUUCGGGUUCGUCAUCGCCUCUCAGGACGUGGAGAAUGGGAAAGCCGCUUCUCUUCUUCCGCACCGCUUCGUGACGGUCCGCCGAGGCAGUCCGGCCGCUAAGAGCGGCCAGAUCCGGCCGGGCGAUCGUCUGGAGGCCGUCGAGGGACGAUCCGUGGUCACUCUCCCUCACCGGGAGCUCGCUCAGAUACUUCGCAGGGCUGGAAAUACUCUGCGUCUCACCAUCGUCCCACGUCCGAGCACCUACUCGUCAAGCCUUUCUGAGCCCACUGACUAUGACACCGGUCACAGAAGCAGAAAAGGUCAAAGGUCGCGGCCCAAGCGUGACUCCAGGUAUUACAGUGUGGAUUUGGACCGCGGCCCCUCGGGCUUCGGCUUCAGCCUGCGAGGGGGGAGCGAGUACAACAUGGGCCUUUACGUUCUGGGGCUGAUGGAGGGCGGGCCUGCCUCGCGGAGCCAGAAAAUGCAGGUGAGCGAUCAGCUGGUAGAGAUUAACGGGGACAGCACGGUGGGGAUGACCCACAGUCAGGCCGUGGAGCAGAUCCGCCGGGGAGGCCACCGCAUCCACCUGGUCCUCAAGAGAGGGAACGGCUACGUGCCUGACUAUGGCCGUGAGCACAGAAUCACCUCCCCCUCCCGCCUGCACCACCCCGAGGAGCAGGGUUUGGCUGCAGUAGACUCCGCUGGACGGAGGGGGCGCAGUUCCAAACAGAAGAGGAGGAGCAGGUCAGCCGGAGACGAGAGAGACAAAGAGACUGAGAGGAGGAGGAGGAGGAGGAGACAGGCCUCGGUGGGAGGAGGAGGAGGAGGAGGUGAAAGCUCAGGGUUACAGAGUCCUGCGUCCGAGCGGAGAGGGAGGUCUCGGGAAUCGAGGGGCAGGAGGAGAAAAAGGGAGACUCGGAGUCUACCGAGAGACGCGCUCAGGAAAUAUGACAGUGAUGCAGAAGAGGGGACGGCGCACAGCCGGGAACGAGGCAAAGACCGGAGGAAGAAGAGAAGCAGGAGUGAGGAGAAAGUCAGGAGGAGGAGGAGGAAGACAAAAGGUGGAGAAGCUGAGAGGGAGGGAGGACAGGUGGAGCCUGAGGUCGAAGGGGAGGGAGAAGAAUGGGUGGAGGAAAGAGUUGAGGAAAGAGUUGAGGAGAGGGUGGAGGAGAGGAUGGAGGAGAGGAUGGAGGAAAGGGUGGAGGAGAGGAUGGAUGACGAGGAAGUGGCGGAGGUGAAUGAAAGAGCAGAGUUAGAGAGUGAAGAAGAAAGACUUGUCCUUCCGAUUCCAAGUCCCACACAAAAGCUCCCCGCACCCAGACAGAAGUGGGAAGGUGAGGAAGAGGAGGACUGGGACGUGGCUGCAGAGUACAGAGGGCUGAGGACAGAAAGCCAUGUGGAGGGCGAGCAGGAGCGGGAGAGCUCGUGGGAUGACGCCGGGGGUGAAAACGACGACACAGAGCCGCUGGACGGGGUCGAAAGAGAUGAGGACGACGCGCAGGGCGCGCACGUCAGGAGGCCCUUGCCGGGCGCCGCCGCCGCGGAAGAUCCGGUGACACGGGGAGCGCCCUUCUCCUUCCUCACCUCCACGCCGUCCACCGAGCAGCUGGCGGACGAUGAGUCAGAGUCUGAAGGCAGCCAAUCUGACGGCAGCGUGUCCGCUGCCAGCAUCUCGGGCCUCUCUCUGGCCGCCACAGAUGUGGGCGGGCGCAGGGCGGUCGUGCUGCCAGGCCCUUGGCACAUGCCCAGCCAGCAGAAGCUCGCUCGUGUCGCCGAGGGGAGGCAGACGGGACGGGGGGGAGGGGGAAGCGGCGGCGGCGGCGCUGUCUCUUGAGCUGAGCAUGCAGCAGCUUAACGAUGCGAUAUGAGAGUCGACCCACAUGUUCAAUGACAUCCACAGUCGUGUAAAGUCAUAUUCUUUGUGCCUUUUGACAGCUGAACACUGGCUGAUGUUAAAUAUCAAUUCAAACGUGUAAAUACUGCAAGAUUAUCUCUCCUCCGACACUGUCGUUUUUACCCACAGCCACUGUUGUCCUUGCUCAGUCUCCGCAGCAUAUGUGACAGAUGUUUCCCGGACGACGAGGUUGUCACCUUGGCUUCACCUGUCCUCUUGUCUCUCCUCUGUGGUAGCUCGGGCUACUCCAGCAGAGCGUCAUCUCUUAAGUACCCCCUGCCGUUCAAAGAGCGCAUCGACAUUCACUUAUACCUCAUGAAGAUACCGAGCAAUAAUAAUGCAGCCGUUUGAGCCGUCGUCGUCCGGCGCACGGCGCUGGAUCUGGUCUGAGAGGCGUGGGUGUAACGUGCGUGUACAGCAUCCUCUUUGUCGACGACUCGUCAUGUCAUUCUGUGUAACUGGAUAUUGGAUCGUGAUCAAAUGCAAAUCCCUUUUAAGUGCAGGUGUGAAAUUCUAUAUUCUGUAAAUAUCUGUAGAGAAAUAAAUGAGAGAACCUAUUGUAAGUACUAUACUAACUGGAGCCAAGCCCUGAUUUGUAUCGCUGUAUUGUAAUUUAUCAUAGUAAGCAGGGUGCGAUUUGCAGGAGGAGACGGCGGCGAUCUAUCCCGCUUUCGUUCUACAUCUCCCCACUUCUGCCUGAUUAUUCACCGAGGUGAUGAAAAUGUAUCCUCUCUCCAGAGUUAAAGCAGCAUCAUCUGCUGACCGGACAAAACACAUGGAAUAGAUGAGUUUCAAAAGCCAUACUGCCAUGGCUUAAGAAUGAAAUCAACCUGAAUGUCUCAAAAUCUGAGACAUUAUUCAGAACUUUGCCUGAAACUAAUUAACCAUUUCAGUUCACUUUUAUUAUGGAACAUUUGCUAAGUGCACAUUCAAACGGCUGUACCGUUUACACCCAGCAAUCUAUUUUUUUCCUCACUUCAAAAAGAGUAUUAUAUUAAAGAGAUAUCAAUUUUAUACUCCGCUUUCCUCAUUUCUUUUAAUCCCCCCCACCAUCUGUCUUCGUCACAAAUCACACCCUGAUAGUGAGUCUGAAUAUUUGAAUAUAUGCAGUAUAUCUAUAUAUUACAUACAACAGCUAAUCGGUUGUACUAUUUAUUAUCGUGUGAUGACAAAUAACGCAAGAAUUGGUACUCAAACUGUAAACACGGACUAUGUUGUACCUGCCCUAUUUAUAAAUGAAUGUUUUGUAUUAUGCUGCUUGAGUGUGGAUUUAAACUGCUCUGUGUUGUACUACCCUGCUCCAGACGUCAGCAAAAGAUGCCAAAAGUAUGCAUCGGGCGUGCAUAUUUUCAGUACUGUUAAUGUUGUGUAUGUGGGGUCAGAACAUAAAAACACUAGAUUAUAGAGAGUGCUGUGCCCAUUGUGCCACGUACAGUUGCCUUGGUAACAUAAACCACUUUAUCCUAACUGCGGAUUUUUUCUUACUGUGAAAACCUUUGCUCUGAGAUCUCUAAUACUCAAGGUGAGUGGGUCGUUUUAGUAACUCCAAUCAUGCCAAAAAAAAA